AGAGCGUUUGCUGUAUCCGAGCAUGCGCACAAGAAGCUAUCUCUGCAUCCACAGCUGUCAGCUGAUCCAGGAUGAAUUAAAGCAGGUCUGUCUGUCAUAUGAGGAAAAAGAAAUCGUUUUUUUUUCGUGUUUAAUUCGUCUGGGACAAUCUCCGCCACGUUUCCCGCGAUAAUAACCAGAAUGGAAGAAUAGUGGCGGGGAAAUAGCAGGCUAACAAGCUAGCCGACGUUAGCUCCAGCACCGUCUGAUACAUCAGCUGUCAAAGGCAGCACCGGGGAAAUGUAUUUUCUCUACACGAUCAUCGCUUCCUUCGUGUCCUUUUUCAUCUUGAAAUGGAUGAAGAAGAGGAGGUUUUGUACCGACCUGACCAGACUCGAUGGCAAAACAGUCCUCAUCACAGGUGGGAAUUCUGGCGUUGGCAAGGACUCGGCUAUUGCUUUGGCAAUGAGAGGGGCCCGGGUCAUCAUCGCUUGCAGAGACGCGGAUAAGGCAGAGAAGGCUGUGAGGGAAAUUAAGCUCAGGAGUCGCAGUCUUAACGUCCUUCACAUGGAGCUGGAUCUGGCCAACCUGCGCUCUGUAAGGGAAUUCUGUAAGAGCUUCCUCCAGACAGAGAAGAGGCUUGACAUCCUGAUCAACAAUGCAGCCAUGCCCAGUGUCCUCGACUGGACGGACGACGGCUUCAGCAUGUGUUUUGGCGUCAACCACUUGGGUCACUUCCUCCUAACCAAUCUGCUUCUGCCGCGACUAAAGGAAUGUGCUCCCAGCCGGGUGGUCACCCUCACGUGCUCUACCUACAAAUACCAGAAACUAAACUUCCAGGACCUCAACUACAACCUGCUGCCCUUCUUCACCUACUGUCGCAGCAAGCUGGCCAACAUCUACUUCAGUCAGGAACUGUCCCGCAUCACUGAAGGGAAAGGAGUAACUUCCUAUGCUGUGCACCCUGGUUUUGUCCAAAGUGGUUGGACGUGCCACUACUCCUUCCUGUUCCGGAUGCUGAUGCAGGUGAUCAUGUGGAUGUUUUUUGUGCCGUGUGAGAUUGGAGCUCAGACUGUCAUCUAUUGUGCUGUGUCCGACGAAGCUGCCAAACACAGCGGGGGUUACUUCGUCGACUGCCGACCAGCUACUCUGCGUCCUUUUGCGAGAGACGCUGGUGUAGCCAAAAAACUUUGGGAGGCCAGUGAGAGACUGGUGAAACUAGCCUGAAGGUGGAAGCUGAAAAACUCUUCCCAUAUUUUAAUACUGAAAAGACUGGUGGUGGUAAAACUGUUGACAUCAAAGUCUGUCAGACUGAUUUUUUCUUUGUGAUGUUCAGGGAGGGUGGAGAGGAAGUUAUUUAUUCGUUUUUAUAAAGGUGGUGGUUUUUGAGUUCCAGACAAUUUCAGUAUUUAUUUCAUAAUUCUCAAACAAUUAUUUGAUUUCUGUUUUUAUGCCAAUUGUCCCUUUUGAUGUGAAACACUUGUUCAAAAAACACUGUUCAAAAUCUUGUAUGUUUUCUACCUGGUUAUGAGUUUAUUUAUGUCGCGAGUUAUUUCUACAAAUAAAACUACGCUGCAAUUUUAUGUCUGUGAACACAGAAACUGAAUCACUUUUUUUCUAUUUAAAUGAUCAUUUUAUUGAUAACACCUUAACACAUUUUCUUGAAGUUAUAGAAACACGUGUAGCACGUAAGAGAACAGAGCAAUAAUCCGAAUAAUCAGAGAACUAGAGGAUUAAUAUUAUUAUACAGAAGAAACCCAAACUGACAAAAAAAAACAGACAAAAGGAAACUAGAAAGAGCCAACUGCAGAGAAAUGAUUGAAUAAGGUUGGAAACAGAGGGAAUGGGAGAAAGAGUGAAAGACAAAGAGAAGCCAACUCAGUGUUGUCAGUGCAACUUAAGUCACUGACUGGAGGAAAAAGAUGGCAGCGGUUCAGAGUGAACACAGUGGCUCCAGUUAUCUCAGUAAUGCUUCAUCUGACUAAAUAGCUGACAGAAAGGCAGCAGAGCUUGCACUGACCUUAAGAGACUAGAGAAGGACAGCUAUUGUAGUUUAUAUGUAGGGCUGCACAAUUAAUCAUUUUCUAUCAUGAUUUGAUCAUUCACACAGAAUCAUGAUUUGUCAGUGGCAUUUAGUUAAGAAUGUAAAAAGUGUGGAAACAUUUUCUGAUAUACGAUGAAUGAAGGAGAAUGAUUUAUUCCCCCCGAAUCACAGAGAAACUGUAAUCAGGACGGUCAUUUUGGUCAUAAUUGUGCAGCCCUGAUCAAUAAUAAUUAUAAUGGAAGCUUUUUCUUAUUCUAUAGUCAUAAACUGCUGUUGUCUCUGACUGAACUGUCUGUUAGAUUUGACACUAAAGUCAUUUUUUUAUUGUGCAGCUACAUUAGAAGCAUGAAUCUGCCAUCCAUCCGUGCGUGUUUGUGCUUUACUCUGCGUGACUGUGCCCCCUGCUGGAGCUCAUUCACUCUUUGAACUGCCUCUAAUCUGUCAGUGGGACUCUCGUGCUGUUCGUCAAAAGUGACAAGCAGGCUGCGUGAAGCACCAGCCACUCUCUGUGCUGCUGAUGGUCAACAAAUGCUCCUCGUAUUCUCUUAGCUACGUACAAAAAGGCAGCCACUCUGCACUGACAACACAGAGCCCCAUAGAAAAGCAUGCAAGAUAAUCAUCACAUCAUCAUCAUCAUCAUCACUGUCAAAAUCCUCAUAGUCAUCCUCAUAGUGCCACAGUCAUUAAUAUCCUCCUUGUCAUCAUAAUCACCUUCAAUAUAUCAUCUUGAGACAAAAAUAGUUAUAUGCACUUAAAAAGCUGAGAAAAUAGACAGAGAAAGGUCGAGUGUACCAGCAUUCAGUAGAAAAUGAGAACUCAAAUAAAAAUGAAAACACAAAAUAAAAAGCGAAAACAAGUGUCCCGUUGACUGUCAUGCAAAGAAAAUGCCAGCUAUGCUGCUAUUUAAUUGCAGUUGUGUAAUACUGUGAACUCCCUCAUUUUAAAUAUGUGAAUCUUAUUAUACUGAUUUUCAAGAAUAGUAAACACACUAAGAACAGAAGAACAACACUUUUGUACUGUACAUGCUGCUAUUUCUUCUUUUUUUUCAGAGGGGCUAGGGGAUCAUGUUUGGUUAGCACGAUCACGCAUGAACGCUUUCAGGUAACCUUUGACCUUUUAGUAUGAAACGGGUUCAACUAGGCAUUAAACUGUUACUGGAUGAGAGACGAGUACAAUACGACGACUCAGUCGUUCACCUUGAAAAAUAAACCUUCAUUCGAAAAAAGAAAAAAAAAAAAAGCUUCAUCACCUUAAAAAAGAGGCAACAAAACUUUUGGCGGGAUAGUUCACACAAAAUACAAUCCUGUAUUAUAUGAGUUUUAAAGUGAUAGAUGUCCCACUCUGGCAAAGUGGUAAUGACCUACAUGGAAGAAGAAAAAAAAAAGGACACCAUAGAACUGCAAAAA